UGCGACACAAUUUUGACUGUGGUAAUGGUGUUAAAAGUUACAAAAGCGAAAUGAUUUUCAUCACACGGAUCAUCGCCAAUCCGGCGAUUCGGCGGGUGGCGUUUAGCCGGACGACGGUUCGCUGUUGUUUGCCUUCGGUUUCCGUUCCCACGGUGGGCUAUUCAGCGAAAACCACCAAACCGGACACUGGCAGCGAAAGCAGAGGCGUCGCCGGUGCACGUAGCGAAAGAAAAACGAAAACAUCUCCGAAAGUAACGCUGAUCGGAUCGGAUGAAUCGAUUUCGGUUGUGAACCUGGAGGAAGCGACCAAGAUAUCGAACCGUCGGAACCUGAAAUUGGUGAAGGUCAGCGAUCUCGACACCAAAACACAGCGUCCGGUUUAUCGCUUGAUGACCGGUUCGGAGUACCUAACGGAGGACUUGAAACGGCGUGAGGAGAAGAAAAAGAGCAAACAGGACGCCACCGUCAAGGGUGAGAAGGUGCUCACGAUCAGUGCCCGGAUAGCGGAACACGAUCUUGUGUCGAAGAUGCAGAACGUGCAGCGGUGGCUUAACAAAGCGUUCGAGGUUCGUGUGGUGGUCACCGGGGACGGUGCGGCAAACAAGGCCAAGCUAGAGGACAUCGUAUCACGGUUCGAGACGAGCGUCAAGGAGUGUGGCAAAAUUGUCCAGAAGCGACAACGGGAUAACGAUAUGCGUUUCAACAUCCUUCCGAGUGGCGGCGGCUUGAAGAAGACACUGCUCGAUGCGUCGAAAGAAUCGGCCACCGGUGAUGCGCAAUCCACCGCAAACCGUGGCAUACACACCCGCGCGGGACUAAUGGCGUGACAAUCACAGUCCCAGGGCAGGGCCCCGUGGCCCGCUGGCCCCACCGGGAAAGGAACCGGAAUCAAGCGCACUGCAAUUACGGGAUGUGUCGCGCUGGUACUGUUGGCCAAAUAUGCGUUUUGGGCCUAUCUACUCAGGGGCGGUGAAAGGUGACGUUUUCCGCAAAAGAAUGUGCGGUAAAGUGUAAAGCAAAUAAAUUAGCUUCAUUCUAGACCAUCGAUUUGUGGCCAUUGUUCGUUUUGUCGCACAAAAGGGGGAUGCAAAUCGAAUGAGAGACAUAAAUUUUAUCACGCCACCCAAACAAUGUCGGAAAGCCCUUCGGUGGGUCAUAAUCUAUGGGACAUUUAUUAAUGACUAAUCCUGCGUUUUUGUUGUUCACCGAAAUAGAAGUCAAUUGGGAAUGCGUUGUCGUGCCUGUGCACCGCUGCCAAACAUGUCGCAUUAUUAUUCAGCAUCACACAUUCGCAGUGCGUUCGCGCGU